UAAACAGUUUGAUGCAACAUAAAUUUCAACUUGCGUUAAAUUUAAUUUAAUUAGACCAAUUUUACUUCUAUUAAUUAAUUACUUUUUAAAGUAAUUACUUUCCUUUAUUUCUCAUCGAUAAUGUUCUUUUAUGUGUCUGUUUCCUUCUCAAAUUUCAUCAUAUUUUGAUAUUCUGUUGAUUUUGUUUGUUGUAAUACGGUGAUCUAAUUAUUUUGUUUUAUUUUGUUACCUGUUUGUGUUUUGUUUACCGUCAACUUUUGGCUUUUUAAUCAUGAAAUUCCCAGAUUCAUUGUCCUUUGCAGCUUUCUUUAUCUCUGUGACUCUAUUAGUGUCCGAAGUUUUAGGUAAACAAGACUAUUAUGAUCUUCUUGGUAUUAAAAAGUCGGCCACUGAUCGUGAAAUCAAAAGAGCCUUUCGAAAGUUAGCCUUGAAAUAUCACCCGGAUAAGAAUAAAUCAAAAGACGCCGAGGAAAAGUUCAGAGAUAUUGCCGAAGCCUAUGAUGUCCUUUCUGAUGCAGAUAAAAGGAAAAAAUACGAUAAAUUCGGACAUUCUGCUUUCUCGGGCCCUGAAGGCUCUUCUAGUCAUGGAGGAUGGAGUGGUGGAGCUCAUUUUAAAGCGGACUUUGAUUAUAAUGAAUUCUUUAAACAUUUCGAUGACGCAUUCCGAUUUCAUGGUUCAAACUAUCAAGCGCAUCACCAUAGCCAUGGGGAUAGUCAUCAUCAUGAAAGCUCUCAUCAACAUGACCACAGACACCAUCGGUUUCAGUUUGCUGGGUUUAAUUUCGAUGAUCUUUUCAGCGAUAACAUGUGGGAACCUGAAGACUUUCAUCACUUUGGCCAUUCUAGUCAAGGAUUUGGUCCUGAGUUCCAUGGGUUCGGUUCUGGUGAAUCUUUUUUCGGUUCUCAUUUUGGUCCAGGCAGUCACCAUCACAGUUCGAUGCAAUUCAAUCAGAAUCCUGGUUCAGGACAUGGCUGCAAGACGGUGACUAAAAGAGUGGGAAAUACUGUGAUGACUAUGACAGAGUGUACAUAAUGAAGAUUCUAGAAAAACCAGCAUUACCAUUCAAAUCUGUGCCUUCAAAAGUAUUCUAUGGUAAAGAUAUCAAAUCAUCUCAGCGCAAACCAAAUAUACUCUCAAGAACUGUCUGAUAUAAUAUUUAUCUCAUCUGUAAAUUUUUUGUAUUUAUAAAACUAGUGGCAUCUCAUUAAUAA